ACAAUUCCAAGCAGUUGCAUAACUAAUAAUUGAAAACAUUACUUACAUACCUCUCAAAAUGUCAACUUCUACACCAACAACAGCUCAACUAUUUCAAGAACUGGGUGACUUCUAUACUAGAAGAUUGCUACUAAAUACUCCACUUUACACCUCACCUGCUGCAGCUUCUCCUGCGAAUAGCCACGCCGUCGCAUCAGAAACUUACAACGGAUCUAAUACUUUCGACGCAAAUGUCGUGAUGGUCCUGUCAGUGCUACUGUGUGCACUAAUAUGCUCACUGGGGAUUAAUUCUAUCAUUAGAUGUGCAUUUAGAUGCUCGAAUUUAGUAGCUUCACAGACUUCUGAUGCAGCAUCCAUAGCUCGAUUAGCCAAUACAGGCGUCAAACGAAAGGCGUUAGGGACUUUCCCGACUGUAAACUACUCACCGGACUUGAACCUGCCCGGAUUAGACACAGAGUGUGUGAUCUGUCUCGCGGAGUUUACGGUUGGUGAGCGCGUUCGGCUACUUCCUAAGUGCAACCAUGGAUUUCAUGUGAAAUGCAUUGAUAAAUGGCUCGGCUCACACUCGUCUUGCCCUACUUGUAGGCACAGCCUAAUUGAAACGUGUCAAAAGAUUGUUGGUUGCAGCCAGGCUAUAGCUUGCCCAGCAGAACCUGCAGUACAAGAAAUUAGAGUAAAUAUUGCAGCAUUAGAACCUGAAGGAUUGGUACGCAAUUAUAGAAACUUAGUAUAAUUGUUGUUUCUUCUUUAAUACAUUAGUUUAAGAAAUGGCACCAAUAGGCCUUUUCCAUAGGUUAAUUAAUGCACACAAAUUCACAAGACUAGUGUAGAUGUAAUUCGUACACAGUUUGAAAUUUUAGUUUAUUUCAUAUUCUCCCAAUUUUAUCUUUAAUAUGUAAAUUAUUAAUGUGUAUCACAUUAGUUAAAUUAUAUUUUGUAACAUUUUUAAAUA